AGCAUGAUGUCCUACAUCAAGCAGCCCCACUACGCCGUCAACGGGCUCACCCUGGCCGGGCCGGGCAUGGACCUGCUGCACUCCGCCGUGGGCUACCCCGCCACGCCGCGGAAGCAGCGCCGUGAGCGCACCACCUUCACGCGGGCGCAGCUGGACAUCCUGGAGGCGCUCUUCGCCAAGACGCGCUACCCCGACAUCUUCAUGCGCGAGGAGGUGGCCCUCAAGAUCAACCUGCCCGAGUCCCGCGUGCAGGUGAGCCCGGCGGGGGUCCUGCACGCUCCUGCGGGUGCACGAGGAGGG